UCAUCUGGGCAUUCCGUGUCUAACUCUCGAUCCGGUAUGUUGCGUCUGGGCUCGUCGCUGCUGCUGCUGCUGGCACUCGCCAUCGUGUCCGUCUACGGGGUGUCGAUCAACUUCCGCAACUGUGCGGACAGCGUCGAUGUCUGCACCGUGGACCAGGUGCGCGUAGAUCCCUGCCCCCAGGCGGCCAGCAAUGCCGCCUGCCACAUCCGCCGCCGCCGUCCGGCAACCAUGAGCUUCGACAUUACGCCCAAGUUCGAUGCCGACAGCCUGGUGGCGACUCUCGGGUGGGUGAAGAGCGAGGACGUGGAGCUGCCGCUGCUCAGCCUGGAGCGGGAUGCCUGCAAGGCGGCCACCGGCUGCCCCGUGAGGAGUGGCGUGCAGCAGACCUACACCACGGAAGUGCCCAUCGAGGCAAAGUUCCCGCUGAGUGCCUACACGAUCCGCUGGGCCCUCAAGGAUCCCGUCAGCGGCAAGCGGUGCUGCUUCACCAUCGACAUCAAGGUGGUGCGAUAGGGGGGGCAAGGGGCUAGCCAUGGGACGGCGGGGGCGACUGCUGAAUAAAAUGUAUCUUCUGUUAACAA